AUGGUUCAGUGGGUGCAGGACCAGAUUCGAUACAUGGCCUAUUCGACUGGUCUGGAUGAAGAAUCCACAAAGAUUGUCAUGUGUUUGCUCUUAAGUUUCCCACUGAGUGCCCUCUUCAAACGACUUCCUGACAACAAAUAUACCCUGAAGAAUCUAGUGGUCAUUGGGGUGUCCUUCUUUUACAUUUUUAUCAUUUUGGAACUCAAAGGAGGAUUUGUUACCCUCCUGAUUAGCACCACUUUUACAUACCUCAUUACCAAAUAUCUGAAAUCGGAUUUGAUGCCAUGGUUCAACCUAGCAUUUCUCAUGGGUCAUUUGUGUAUCAAUCAUUUAAAGGCGCAAUUUUGGCAAGCAGAGUAUGAUCCAACAAAGAUUGACAUCACAGGUGCUCAAAUGGUACUUGUAAUGAAGCUCUCUUCAUUCGCUUGGUCAUACCGUGAUGGGAAACUCUUGAAACGUGAUCCCAAAGCUUUCCAAGAGAAAUUGAAUACAUACCAGAGAUCAAGAGUCGUUGUCGAACAUCCCUCAAUAUUAAGCUUUCUGGGAAAAAGAAGAAAGAGAAUGAUCCCAAAAAGUGGCCGAAUUGCUUUUGCUAAAGUAGUCCAAGGUGCUGCUUGGGCCGCAAUUUGGAUUACAUCCCUCAACUACAUCACAACUGAUUAUUUAUUCACGGUAGAAUACCAACAAAAGCCUCUGAUAGUCAAAGGUAUCGUGCUCACGAUACUAGGAUUCACCUAUCGGUUGAAGUACUAUGCAGUUUGGUUGAUAUCUGAAGGGUGCUGUAUUCUUGUUGGAAUUGGUUAUAAUGGUUACGAUGCCUCGACAGGCAAGUUCUAUUGGAACCGAGUGCAGAAUAUAGCUCCCUGGGAAUUCGAAACUGGUCAAAACGUCCGCACAUGUCUGGAAGCUUGGAACAUGAAUACUAAUAAGUGGCUAAAGAAUUUCAUCUAUUUGAGAAGUGCCAAGAACAACAAACCAGGGUUUCUAUCUACUCUGUUAACCUUUGCUACUUCCGCUUUCUGGCAUGGCACAAAACCAGGAUACUACCUGAGCUUUGUAUCGGGAGCUUUUUAUCAAACGAUAGGAAAAAUCUUUAGAAGAAAUAUCCGACCAAUAUUUACCACUAAAGAUGCUGAACCUGUCACUAGAUAUAAAACCUUGUAUGAUAUCGUUAGUUGGACUGUUACUCAUCUAGCUUUUGGAUACUUGGUUCAACCAUUCGUCAUCCUUGAGUUCAAGAAAUCCAUCAAAGUUUGGAGCUCAGUAUAUUUCUUUCCUCACAUCGCCAUCGGAAUAAUAUUAUUUGCAUUCAAGGGCCCAUUUUCCAGAAGUGUCACAGGAUUUUUGAGAAAGUACCAUCUCAAGAGUAAAGGAGAAUCUGAAACUAUAUCUGCACCAAAGAAAGACACCAUCACCGUGCAUCCCAAUGCAUCAGAUGCUUCUCUUAUUCCUGAAUAUGACAAUCAAGAAGAGCUUAACCAACCAAUUAUUCUUCCUGAAAUUGACUUUUCUAAGGAAGAUUAUGAUGAAUUAAUGAACAAGAUUGACGAGCUACAGAAGCUCCGUUCCUCAAAAGACUUCUCGUUGAUUGAGAAUGAAGAAAAGCAAGCUCUCUAUGAAGCUCUGGACUCCUUGAGCAAGGAUAUCGGUAAAGUCAUGGGGAACAUUCGAUCUUUCAAAAAUGACUAA